UAUUAUGGGGACACAAUUAGAGGAUCUUACCCCAAUGUGGAAUCAGGAAGUAUGUAUUUCCAAUUAAGUUUAACUGUGGGCAGAGCCAUGCCUGUCACUCCACAGCUCUGAGACAGCCCAUUGAACUGUUGAGUCAUCUAUCAGCCAUGGUCACCAUGGUUUCAGCCAAUCAGCCUCCAAGAAGGCAUCAUGUGAGGAGGAAAUUUUGUGCAUCCCGAAUCCUUGCGUUUGUCCUGAGCUUGUUCGCAUUCUCUCUGCUCCUGUGUUGGAGCGCCUUCAGAGGAAAAGAUGAGUCACGGCACCAUAGAACUGCACGCUCUACCCAUCAGGAAGUGGAUCUUACCACACAGAUGACAUUGGUGCUAGAGAACCAUGGAGAUUAUCCUGAGGAUUUUUUCUCUUUGGAGGAAAGGCGUCAGGGUGCCGUGGUGCUGCACAUAUUCGGGAUGCUAUAUAUGUUCAUCGCGCUGGCCAUCGUGUGUGAUGAGUUCUUUGUCCCAGCACUUACUGUCAUCACAGAUAAGCUGCAGAUCUCAGAUGAUGUAGCAGGUGCCACCUUUAUGGCAGCUGGAGGCUCUGCCCCUGAGCUCUUUACAUCUGUCAUUGGUGUGUUCAUCUCUCACAGCAAUGUUGGGAUUGGCACCAUCGUAGGCUCUGCCGUCUUCAACAUCUUGUUUGUCAUCGGCAUGUGUGCGCUGUUCUCACGUGAGAUACUCAACCUCACCUGGUGGCCACUUUUCCGUGACGUCUCCUUCUACAUCAUAGACCUCAUCAUGCUCAUUUUCUUCUUCCUGGACAAUUAUAUCACCUAUCUAGAGAGCAUGGCUCUGCUAGGAGCCUAUGGUUCCUAUGUGAUCUUCAUGAAAUGCAAUUCUUUUGUGGAGAGUAGAAUCAAGAACCUGCUUACCCAGAACCAGGUACAUAAAGUGGAGGCCAUGCCCAAGGCUGACAACGCUGGAGGUGAUGGAAACCAACUCUCAGCCAAGCCCCAUCUUCAACGAGGGGUAAGUUCCGCCUCUCUGCACAACUCCCUGAUGAGGAACAGCAUCUUCCAGCUCAUGAUCCACACACUUGACCCACUCAGCGAAGGGAAAUUCAAAGACAAAGCUUCAAUUCUGCACAAGCUUGCAAGUAAAAAGGGACAAGAUGAAAUGAAUGGCAUUGUGAAUAAGAAAUUCCCCAAAAGCACCAAGGUGGAGGUGGAAGUCACUCCACCAAUGAAUGGCAGCAUAGCACAGGGUGAGGAAGAAGAGGAGGAUGAAGACCAGCCUCUCAGCUUAAUGUGGCCAGAAACGAGACAGAAGCAAGUCAUGUACCUCUUCAUUUUCCCCAUUGUCUUCCCACUGUGGCUCACACUGCCUGAUGUCCGCAGAGAUACAUCAAAGAAGUUUUUUCCCAUCACGUUUCUGGGUUCCAUCAGUUGGAUUGCUGUCUUCUCUUAUUUGAUGGUGUGGUGGGCUCACCAGGUUGGGGAGACUAUUGGCAUUACGGAGGAGAUCAUGGGGCUGACGAUUCUCGCAGCAGGAACCUCCAUUCCAGAUCUCAUCACCAGCGUCAUUGUGGCCAGGAAAGGUUUAGGAGACAUGGCUGUGUCGAGCUCAGUUGGUUCCAACAUAUUUGACAUUACAGUGGGUUUGCCCUUCCCAUGGCUGCUCUUCUCUGCAUUUCACAACCUGCAGCCAGUGGCAGUGAGCAGUAACGGCCUGUUCUGCGCCAUCGUCUUGCUCUUCCUCAUGCUUAUCUUUGUCACCGUCUCCAUCGCCGCGUGCAAGUGGAAAAUGAGCAAGCUGCUCGGCUUCUUCAUGUUCGUGCUUUAUUUCGUUUUCCUCGUGGUCAGCGUCAUGCUGGAGGACAAGAUCAUCACCUGCCCCGUGUCCAUCUGAGGAGCCUCAGGGGAACAUGUGUUGCCAAGCAGAACCUAGAGAUACCGUAGAACACGCACCUUGGCUUCUGUCUCUGACAGACUUUGAGACAAUACGUACAAAGAAAUAAGAGAAACUACACAUAACACAUAGAACCCUUGCUGAAACCACAAAGAAGCCACAAAUAACAUGUUCAUAAAUCAAAGUGGAAUGACUACAAUCACAGAUAAUAACGCAGACAAAUGGUAACUACACAAAAUACUAGAAACUAGACAGGAACUGAGACAGAGCAGUACAGAAUAACUACACUGUAAACUAUACAGAAAUAAAACGCAACACUUACAGAAAGUACAUAAAUAGUUUGGGCGGUUGUUUGUAAUUUGGCCAAUUACACAGUUACUAUACAGAAAUGAAACAGAACUCAUAAACAAUAGCGUGAACUACACCGUCAAUUCAAUCAGAGCUACAUGUCAUGGAGACACCCAGCAGGACCGAUAAAUUGUGGGAUGUUAAAAAGCAGCACAUUAUUUUACUAGUAAAUAAUUUUUGUUGAAUGUGUCCUUCGAGAUUAAGAUGCUUAGCACACGUGUGCACAGCAGAUUUAGACUGUUAUAAGGUGGAAAGUGAACAAGAUGGAGGUGUGAACUACUGAGAGACACUGCAUGGGAAGAGAGACAUAAACUUUAACUCCUCAGGGAUGUUCAACCCAAAGAAUUAAACAAGCCUGAAGCUCAACCUGAACACUAAGGGCAGGGCAACUGUAAUGGAAGGUUUUAAUUAUUUUUUUGUGUAUACCGUAUUAUUUGAACAUGGCUGAUUUCAUGCCAUUCGUUAGUCAUUAGAGAUUUGUAGAAUGACACAAGUGAUAGAUAUCAAUGCCAAUGUGUUAAGUAUUUAUAAUAUUCUACAAACACUGCCCCACAAUGCUGCCUGUGGUAUUUUCACACACGCCACAUGUUAAAUAUAACAUAUCAUUCUGUGACGCUAAACACAAUAUCAUAUUUCUCUGACUGAAUUUUAUAUUUACAUUAGUGUGCAUAGUCAUCGUCCCCAUCUAUAGCCAUCCAGGGCAUUUAACUAUAUUUUAUUUAAUUUAUUUGAUGUAUUAAAGUUGCAGUAAUCAAGAUCUCAUGCUAACUAUCACUAACUUAAAAAUGUAAAAUGUUUAUCUUUUAAUGUUAUUUUCAUCACUUUAGUAAAUUUGUCCUUUUCCAGCACAAAUUGUAGUUCACCUUCUGGACCUUAGCGACCAAAUCAUUGUCCGCUAACCUAAUACGUUUAGUGCCGAAAAACAACGCUACCAUUAACAUUCUAUCAUAAAAUCGAGAAAUAUUUCCAACAAACGAGGAUUUUUUAAAAAAAUAUUAACUGUAAAAACAUUUUUUUAGAACAGAUUCUACAUAUUCAGCAUUUGGGACAUUUUCAUGUGCUUGACGUAUACUACAGUAUAUACUUAUAAAAUCGCCUGUAUCUGUUCGUCACAGAAUGUUGUACAUGAACAUUGACAGAAAUAAA